CAUCUUUGUUUUUUAUGUAUUAUUCGAGCUCUCCAGAGAAACGCAAACCUGCGCUGCGAGAUAGAAGCCAGUGCCUGUAAAAACAAAAACAAAAAAAACACGACGGUUUUUGACGGAAGAUGAGUUCUCAGCAAUUUUCUAGGCCGCCGUUGCCUCCUUCAGGUUCGUCAUCUGGAACCAACAACAACCUCUUACCAGGAGGCCAACCCGGUGGAGAAGAAGUCAGUAACAGGGAGUUGGACCACCUUCAGGAUCCUGGGUGUAGCGGCCCUGCUGGCGGAGGGCCAUUACCUGACAAGCAGGAGACGAUGGUGGUCAGGCCUUAUCCUCAAGUGCAGGCUCCAGCCCUCCCUCAGCAUGUGCCUACCCAGCCCAGCCCCACGGUCGCUGUGGCUCCUCCACCAGCACACCUGGCUGACGGAGCCGUGAAGGCUGGCUUGAAGUCUGCAGUGCCCAGUCGACUUAUCGCCCCAGCUCCAGCUGUGAGUCCAGGGCACUUACCCGGUCCAGCGAAAGUGCCUGGUCAUAUUACCGCAACUCUGGAGAGCAGUAUGGCGCCAGCCUCCAUCCCUGUGGCUGCUAUCAGCAGUCAGCAGGGACAAAGUAAUUUGCACCACCUCAUCAUCAGGAGCAGUCCGCCAGCACUGCAGAUUGGAGCUCCCACCGCGCCGCCUCACCCGUUCACCUCCCACCUGCCCCGAGGUGCUGCUGCUGCAGCUGUCAUGUCGAGCACCAAAGGCCCAACGGUUCUGCGACCAGCAUGUGGCACAAGCGCCCCACCCGGCCAGCCUACGGCUGUGCAGCACAUCAUCCAUCAGCCCAUUCAGUCUCGCCCUGGUGCCUCCAACCCCCCAGCAGUCCUGCCCGCAGUGGUUGGCUCUGUUUCGGCAGCGAGGACGCAGUCACCCAUCGUUAGCCCUCCCGUCACUCCCGCUCCGGAGAUGGUGCACGGGCGACCGGGCCAUACCAUCCACCCUCCUCCGGCUACCAUCGGUAUCCAGAGGCCUCCAGCUCCAAGGGACGCGGCCCCGCGAGUCACACUGCCCCCCCACCCAACCAUGGGAGCGCAGAAAGCCCAGCCACCACACAACAUGCCCCAGAAGGCUAUUUUUAGUACUGUGACCCCUGUUGCUGCAGCAACUGUUGCCCCCAUUCUGUCUACCAACACCGUCGCAUCAGCCACCACGACAGCGGGCCCCACUCCCCACACCCAGGUGACCAGCAGUACUAUUGUCACCAUGACGAUGGCCUCUCACAUCUCGCAUACCACAGCUGUGACCAGCUCGGCAAUUCCCGUUGCUAAAGUUGUUCCCCAGCCCAGCGCUCACACUUCCCCGCGCAUACAGUCUGAAUUCUCCGCCGAGAGGACCAGUCUGAUACCCAUCUCGAGCCACCGCUCCUCGCCGAACCCAGUCACCAUGGAGACCCGCAGUGACAACAGGCCAUCUUUGCCGGUCCAGUUCCAGUACUUCUUACCCACUUAUUCAUCAUCUGCCUACCCGCUGACGCACACCUACACCCCCAUCACCAGCUCAGUGCCCGCCAUCCGGCCCUACCCAGCCCAGACGCCGAGCUCGGCACUUCCGGCUCAGGCCGGAGUGGGCGUGGCCACCGCUGUACAUCUGAAUCCCAUGCAGCUGAUGACCGUAGACCGCAUCGGCCUGCAGUCCACUCAGAUCAGCACCCAGAACAUCCAACCUGCCCAAGGCAUUCAGCCUGCUCCAAUCGGAGUGCAGCAUGCCACCGCACCAAUCAGCACACAGGGCAUCCAGCAGGCACCAGUCGCUGCACCGCAGCUACAGCCGGAGGCCAAACCAUCAGGUAAAGGUGUGGUUCUGGCUGAGAGCACAGCGUUUGUGACCAACCCCAUGGGCAGUACCUUCAGUGCUACUCAGGCCGUCACCACAGUCGUGCAGACACACCCCCAGGGGGCGGGGACAGGCGCGCCCGCCCUAGUCUCCUCCCCCAGACCCAGCAUCCUGCGUAAAAAGCCCGUGAGCGAGGGGGCUGUGCGUAAAAGUCUGAUCCCAGUGCAGCCGAGUGAGCCCUGUUCUGGGAGAGUGGAUAGUGGCGUAAGACUGGUGGGAUCCCCACGCCCUGCGGGAGUCAAGCCCAAAUCUGACGUCCAUAUUGCCAUGACUCCUGUAAUGGCUGCUGUGGAGGCCCUGCCCACACACAGUGGAGAUCAGCAGCCCCUCCCAACUCCUGGCCAACACCUAUCACAGGCGAUUCCCGCUUUGCUGGCCCCUCCCAUUCCCACGCCCCCUUCCCAACCCGCGGCAGUUCUGUCUGCUCUCCCCGCGGCCGUGGCAGUCUCUCCCCCUGCACCGGCGUCUAUGGCCAAUGCCGUCGCCUCCCCUACCCAGCCAGCGGCCAGUAGCACGGCGGCGCUCACGUCUGCCCUGCCGGACAUCAAAGUCAAACAAGAGGCGGAGUCUAUGGACACGUCACAAGCAGCUCCAGCCUCAGGCCUGUCCUCCGGGGCCCCGGGCCCCGCCGUGCCUGCCCAAGCCGGGGACCUCCUGCCUGGGGCAUCUCCGCGCAAGAAGCCCCGCAAACAGCAGCAUGUCAUCUCCACGGAGGAGAGCGAAAUGAUGGAGACCAACAGCACGGAUGAGGAGAGGUCCGGCAGCAGACCCCCGGGGGGGAAGGACAUCCGGCACGAGUCUCCUCCCAGGGAGUAUGUGGACGAGGAGGGGGUCCGCUAUCUGCCCGUGAGACCCAAACCCCCAAUCACUCUCCUACGGCACUACCGCAACCCCUGGAAAGCUGCCUACCACCACUUCCAGAGGUACAGCGACAUCCGGGUCAAAGAGGAGAAGAAGAGUUCCCUCCAGGACGUGGCCAGUCAGAGGGGCGUCGCCUGCCGCGUUCAGGGUUGGAAGGUGCACCUCUGCGCCGCCCAGCUCAUGCAGUUGACCAGCCUGGAGCGUGACGUGUACAGCCGCCUCACCACCCUGCAGGAAGGACUCAUCCCCAAGAAGAAGCCAGGCGGCGACGACGACCUGCACCGCAUCGACGAGCUCAUCCAGGGUAACAUGCAGCGUUGUAAGCUGGUGAUGGACCAGGUGACUGAGGCAAGAGACACCAUGAUGAAGGUCCUGGACCAUAAAGACAGAGUCCUCAAGUUACUUAAUAAAAACGGAACUGCCAGGAAAAGCUCCAAGCUAAAACGCAAGGAGCGUCCCUAGAUGUGAUUGUGUGCUGUUUCUCUCUCGUGCGCACUCUUUUGUCUCUCUCUCUCUCUCUCUCUCUCUCUCUCUCUCUCUCUCUCUCUCUCUCUCUCUCUCUCUCUCUCUCUCUCUCAUAUAUAAUGCUUGCACCAAGUUAAGGUUAAAUGGUGAAGUAUUUGCAUCAGUUUUCAGGUUGCUAUGCACAAUCACCAGUCAUUUCUUUUUUCUGAGCAGAGAAGGCAGGUUCUAAACCUUCGGCCUCUCCGAUACACCAAGCUGAACGCGGACAUAGUUUGUUUGCCCAGUGGAGCUGCUGCUUAUUGACGACUAAUAUUGUCUCUUUGAGACAUGGGGGCAGCAUUAAAGUCCCCGUUAACCCACUGGUUCAUGGCUUUGUUCUAGUUUCAUAAGAAUUCUUUUAAAGUCACAUUUUUCUAAGUGUUUUACUUGCAUUACGUUUUCAUUUUGUAGUACUAGUGGACUAGUAUUUGCCACAGAGGUCCUUACAAACGUGCUCUCUGGAGGUUUGCUUGUGCGUCGCGUCACAACAUGGAAACGGGCGUUCCAAGUGCCCACAGAUGCACAAGACCACAGUUCAUCAGCACUCUCGUCUUUAGUGCCUUCUAGCAUGAGUCUAACUGGAAUUUAUGCAUAUUUGCAGUUAACGCUCUAAGGAGGUUGUUUUCGCAUCCGUUUCGAAGACAUCGGACGCAAAUUUUGUACGUCCACGGUUCAUAUUUGAUGAUGAAUUUCUGCUCAACCAUUACAGCGUCUCCUCAGUCCCCAUCCGUCAUGUACAUGGAUUUGUCACUUGCUACGCCGAUGUAAUUGGAUGCACUGAAGAAACAAAUGUUUAAGAGCAGUUAAUGGUGGUAUAUAAAGAUAUUGUGUAAGAAGAAAGUGUUAAUAGUUAUGUUCCAACCUCAGAAUAUGAUUCAUGUGUAAAUGGCUUGUUGUUCACAGUAAGUCCCUGUGCUCGCCGAGAUCUUAUGUGCGUCCUGUGUAAGUGGUCCUUUACAGGUUGUAAGUGAAUGUUGUAACUGCUGUUGAGUAUUUUGGGCUUUUGUACAUUGUAUCUUUUGAUUCUCUGUAUACUGUGCACACUAUUGCAGUAAACAAAACCUAUGUGCAAUUGGAGCUGUGAAAUGUAUAUAUAUAUUUUUUUUACGUCGGAGGAGGGUUGACACCUAAUUUGAUGUUUUUGAUUUUCCUUAGAUUUUAUAGUCCUAAAGCUCCAUUUUCCAGAGUGCUAGUCUGAUAUAAAAUGAUAACAGUUCA